GUUAAGCAGAUGACUGUUACAGAGCUAAAUGAUCUUCUGGAGGAAAUUGAGAUUGCCAUUAAGGAUUAUUCAGAGGAAUUGGUCCAGCAUCUCGCCUUAAGAGAUGAGCUUGAGUUUGAGAAAGAAGUAAAGAACAGCUUCAUUUCUAUCCUCAUUGAAGUUCAAAAUAAACAAAAAGAGCACAAAGAAAAUGUGAAAAAGAAGAAAAAGUUAAAAAGUAACAGCACACAGAAUGGCAAGCAGGAAAGAAGUCAUUUACCAGGAACGCGCUUCAGCAUGGAAGGUCUGUCAAAUGUCAUACAGAAUAGCUUUCGCCAGACGUUUGGGAGUUCAGGUGGCGAGAAAACAGUAUUUAACCACAGUUAUUCCUUAUGAGAAAAAAAAUACUCCACCUUCUGUUGAAGAUCUCCAGAUACUAACCAAAAUUCUCAGUGCAAUGAAGGAGGAUAGUGAGAAAGUUCCAACAUUGCUAACAGACUACAUUUUAAAA